UGAACAACAGGCAGCGAAGAAACAGAUACAAGCUUCUUAACUGAACUGAACUAACUACCCACUUUUCACAAUGAUCAGGACAUCAAUGUAUAUGAUUCUUUCGGUCAUUUUUACUUUGAACCUCUGUCGCUCGGCAGUCAUUAAGUCAACUGGACAAUCACCAUCGUCAGUUAACCCAUCGGGUGCAUGGAGUCUUGCACGAGGUCUCUUGUCGCGACAGCGGCGAGAUACUUCUCUUAAAAUCAAUCCAAAAAUAAGGACUAUUGCGGCAAAUACUCCAUCCAUUCCAUUGGCUGUUCGUUUGUUCUGGAAAACGCAGAAAUUUCUGCAAAUUAAUGACGACGGCGUAGUGAAUGGUACUUCGUUUUGUUCAAGCAAAUAUGCCAACCUAGAGCUUGAACCAAUGGGAAGUGGAUUUCAGCGAAUUAAAGGAAUCGAAACCGGUCGCUAUGUUGCAAUGAGCAGUCAAAGCAAUAUUUAUUCAACGAACUCAACCAAUGAUGAGACAGUGUUUAAGCUAACAAUGGAAAGCACUUCAUUUCAUACCUUUGCGUCCGCAAAGUACUACAGAACCUCGCUGUACGACACAUUCAUAUCCCUUGGACGCAAUGGAAAAAUCCGGAAAGGAAAAGACACCAGAGUCAGUCAAAAUAAAUCUGAACUGACGCUGUUUCUGGAGCAAGACGUAUUUUCCAUGGAUGCGAAGGUACUCAAAGCACAGAUAAACGAAAUCACGGCGUGUCGCGCGAAAACCAAGGAGUGGGUCCUAACAAAGUCAGCACUGCUGCAGUUGAAAGCCGUACAAUGGUCUGCGGCCAAGAUAAACCUGAAUAUAUUUUCCCUGAGAGAUUCCGGUAUUACAGACGAGGGUAGCAACAUAACACAAGUCAAGUUAUUUAGUAAAAAUAACUGGUUCUUUCGACUACAAGAUGACGGUAACGUAAGUGGAACAAAAGAGCAGAGCAGUGAUGAAGUCAAUUUGCAGUUGCAGUCCAUUGGGAAAGGAUUGGUUCACAUUUACAGCCCUACUGUAGAACGAUAUCUGGCAAUGGAUAACAAUGGACGACUGUUUUCAAUGAAAAGCAAGACAGACAGCACAAUUUUCAAGCACGUUAAAGGAAUCAACGGUUUGCACACGUUCUCCUCUCACAAGUACUACAGAGAUACAGCUCAUGACAUGUACAUAGCUUUAAAGAAGGAUGGUCUUCCAAGGAAAGGAAACAAGACUUGUUCACUUCAUAAAGGCUCUCAGUUCCUGAUCCUCUGAACUAUUUACGCCCUGGACAACAGGGAAUACAUCCUUGACAUUUAUUUAAAUGUUAUGUAAUUGUUAUCAUGGAAAUUCCAAGACACCAGCAAACAUCCUACAGUUCUACACGGCACACAAAAAAAUUCGCGAAGAUUCAAGUCUCCUGGCCUACGGUUCAACUGACAUUAUUACUUGCUGAAAUUGAUAUUAUAAUUAUCUAUGAAAAACAUAUUCAAGUUGAGAUACGCAAAGGGAAAAUAAGAACUCUGGUUUGAAAACGUAUGUUGAUUUCCAGUUUAAAUGUAUGAGUGUGGAACUAAGAGGUGUUUACUGCAAAAUAUCAGAAGAAAAAGUUAGUGUAUUAUUUAUUGAUUGUAAAGUUCAUUAAACCUAUAAGUUAUGGAGAAA